AUGUUGGAAUGCAUUCGCACGGGCCAACCGUGUCAGGCCAAUGUUGUCUACACUGACACUCCUGAGGACAUUGGUAUGCUGAAAACGGCAUGGUCUGCUUUUGCAGUUCAGGGUGGCCUUACUGUUGUGGCUGGAGGCUCAGCAAAACACGUUGAGAAGCUCUUCCUCACCAGACUUCGUUUGACUCGUAGAAAGAGUGCGCCUCAUAUUGAAGACGUCGGGCUCCUGGCCCUCGGCAGUAACAGUCCCUGGAUCCAGCCUCCCAAGGUAGUUUCUCAGUCUCGAAUUACCACGGUGCAACGCAUGACGGUUCGCAUUUCGGUUCCUUCGCAUUAUAGGUGCUUGUACAAGGAUGUGCAGAAAGACUGCGUGAAAGAUGUGCUUGCUGAUCUUGCCUUUACGGCAGGUGUGCGUAGUCAUCAGCUCACCGGGGGCCGGUGGGAACAACAGGAUUAUGGAAAGCGAGGCCACCACUUGUUGGGCUGGCUGCGCCUCCCUGAGGCUUCUGCCCGCGCUCUGAUCCGACAGAGUGGCGCGAGGGGAAUCUUCGUCACUGAGCAAACAAGUGACGGCGUUCAUGUCGAGCAUACCUGGCUUGCUCGCCACGACAAGGAAUCUGACGAAGAUUACAAAGCUAGGGUUGACCUUGUGGCUUCUCAGAGAUCUCAAGGCAUCGUUUGCCGCAAGGGUGGAGCCUCCGAUCUUGGGUUCAUCGCUGUAGCCACGGAUCGUGCCCCGGAUAAGCCGGUCGUCUUGGAGCUAUCGGGCCUGCCGAAAGACUGGCAGGAAGAGGAGCUCACUCAGCUUCUCAACCUUGAGGGAUGGACUCAGGUCCCAAGAAGUCUUGGUCUUCCGAACGUGGCAAUGUGGAGUCACAAGAGCCUUCCCAUGGGCCCAUCCGUGAACGGCCUAGCAGAAUCCGAUAUGGAUGUUGCAGAGCAGGCCGCUAUGCGUGAGCCUCAGCAGCCGCCCCCUUACCGUGAGCCAGGGUCCCUUCAGGAGGCCCUGGAUGCUGGCUGGCAGCCUAUAGAUGCGGGUGGCGACGGUGAUUGCGGCUACAGCGCCAUAGCUGAUGCUUUGCAUAGGCAAAAACAUGCACACAGUCUUAGCCCCGACGAGUGUAGAGCUGAAGCGGCUUGGCUCAGGACGAUCAUGGUCUCCCACAUUGAGAAACAUCACGACCGUUUUGAAUCGGUUCUUGUGAAGGACAAAAAUGCUGCACCAGAGGAUCCCACUCCUUACAUGAGCAUCAAGUCGUGGAUCUCGGAGGCGGCCAAACCAGGCACGUGGAUAGAUGGGUUGGCUUUGCAGGCCAUUGCUGAGAAGAAGGGCGUGCCUCUUGUCAUCUUUAAGAGAGACGCUGAGACUAUCAAGAGGUUCACUUUGGCGCCCAAGUUUAAACAGGGAAUGGCCAUGGUGGCCAAACACGCCUACCCUGUCUGUUUGAUUCUCGAAAACUCCCACUAUACGUACCUCCAGCCUCCCGUGGGGGCGGUUUUUCCACAGGCAUGGUUACGCGAAAAUAUGGCUGGCCACUACACAGUUCUGAGGGGCGCAGGAGGUGACUGUUGGUCUGAGGCCACGCCAUCGGUCCACACCUUUGUGGGUAGAAGGUCACAGGCCAGUCUUUCCGAGGCCACUCCCUCGGUUUACUCCUUUGCCAAGGCCCGCGACCCCGAGAGCACCCCUUCAGUUCACACGCUGGCCGCGCACAGGAGGGACACAGACUGCUCCGUCGUCGGUAGGAAAACGACGUCCAAAACCUGCUACCCGUCCCAGGGCGCUGGCACGGGCUGGCUCCCGUGGUGGUCUUGCGACCAACCGAACUGCUCCUUCAAAGUGAUGAGACAUCCGAUCGUCCGAGGCCACCACGAGGCGAGGAGAUAUCAUCUCACUAAGGUUCACGGCAUCGAAAAAGUUCCAAGGCUUCACGACGAGGGCCCCACUACGAAGCGUAGGCGAACAAAGAAAGAAGAGGCUCUGGCGACCCAGGCCAAGAUUGAAGGAGUCCGAGCGAGGCAGCGCGGUAACAACAACACGGCCGGACCUGAUCCCUGGUGGCGUUGUGAUUGGCCAGACUGCUCCUUUUCGCUUGAACAGGAUGCGCCCAACAAGACCUACCGUCGUCAACAGCACCUGAAGCAGGUCCAUGGCUUGAAGCAGGUUCCAGACCUCAGAACCGUGGGCGGUCUUGCUUCUUUGCCGGUGAGGCAGACUGCUGCUGACAGUGUUUUCGAUAAUAGAUGGCAGCUCACUCAUGCCAAUUUUCUUAAGAAGAUCUGGAAGACUGCUCACCGCAUAGAAUGCGAGCCUUGCUCCUACCGACCUUUUAAAUCCUCUACCGGUCUCCCUAAAACCAGAGCCGCCCAUCGGUGUGAGCUGUGUGGCAUCGAAGUCCAACGAGGAGAGGUGCCGCUGUCAAUCUGCAAGAUGGCAAAGGGCAAACCGCCACCCCUUGCCAAACGUAAGCAAAUCUGGAAGGAGUGCCGUGUGGCUGCUUCUAAGGAGCUGGGGUGUAAGCGCACUUUGCGCAAAGAGCGUAAGAAGGGCGUCAAGUCCGUGAAGGGCAAAGGGAAGGUUCUUCUUGAGCAGGCGACGGCCGAAGGGGUUCACCUGGUGGCCAUGCAAGAGGUCAAUUUGACUCAGCAGGGCAUUCCUUCGGCUUCGCACGCUGCGGCUGCUCUUGGGUGGCAGCAGCCUCUUGGCUUGGUGGAGCUCUCUCGUUCGCAGAGGAAUGAGGCUCAGUCCCUCUCUGCUCACCUCCUGGGGCUCCAAGCCCCCCUUCAGGUUACGUCUGUUUACAGCGUCCCUGGUGCGGACUCGACGCUUCUGUAUCAGGAGACUCAGCGGGCUGAGGCGCUGUCGGGCAGUCCCUGGCUCUUGGCUUUGGAUGGGAACGUUCCCAUGGAGUCUGGGCCUUGGGCUGCGGCGUUGCAGCUGGCCGGGGGAGUGCUUCGGGCUGUGGGUCGACACGUGUCCAGCAGGUAUGCCAUUGACGGUUUGUGGUCGUUAGAAGCGGUGCCUGCGCUGGAGGGUAGCGUUGCGGAGCGUCCCAGAGAGGGCGAUCACACACUUGUGGAGUGCGCCUUUGAUCUUCGGGUUCCUAAGGGGGGCUCGGAGUGGAGGUUGGCUCGCACGCCUGAGGACAAGCGCGAAGCGGAGACUGACUUGGAUGCCGCUUGGCAGCAGUGGUGUCAAGACUCACAGGCACAGUUGGAGGCUAUCCUUAAAGCUAAGCAGCGUGAGGCUUUGACCAAGUGGAAGGAGGACAUCCAUACGGUUCGGGGCCUGUAUCCACAAGGCUGGAGGUGUGAGAUGGAGGGUCGAUUCCCUUCCUCUCUUAGUCAUUGGCGCGUCGUCUUUAUUCCUAAGAAGCGCAAGGGCAAGAUUGCGACACUUGGGGAUGUGAGACCGGUGGCUAUAGGCGGAGGGCUCAAGGGCCAGGAUGCAGAGACUCUUGUCGCCAGUUUUCACCUGGACUUUCCACCAGAGUCGUGGGGUCACGGGGUGAUGCUGGACUACGCCAAAGCUUUCGACGCCACUGACUGGCAACUGUGCACGGAAAUGCUAAGGCAAAUGGCUCUUCCGGAGCCUGUGGUCCGGUUGCUUGAAGAUCAAUGGAGCCGCCACUCCAGGUGGCUCAGCUUUGGCGGGGCUGCUACGACUCCGUUGCGGGGGGCAAGAGGAUUGCCCCAAGGGGAUCCUUGGAGCCCUGUGUGCCUAGCCCUUUUGCUGUCGCUGCCGGCUCAGCAAGUGGAGCGCGAGGUUCCGGAGGCUGCUACUUUGCUCUUCGCCGACGAUCGCACCGUCAUCGCUCAGUCGCUGGGAGCUUUGCAGAGAGCUAAGGAUUCCUGGACUAACCUGGAGACU